UUCUCCACAAUAAUGAAAAAGACAUUUUACAUUUAAAAUCACGGGAAUAAUUUCAAAUCGAUACACUUCUUUUAGAAUGGAUUAUAGUUUCAACGGAAUUUUACUUCUUUGUUUUUGUUCAUCUUUCAGUACAGUGAUGUUGGCCGUCUCGUCCACUACAGUGACUGACGCCUUAUACAACCAACUAUUCACUAAUAACUAUAAUGCCAAACUCUUGCCAAAAUGUUCCCAGGGUAACAAGGUUGAUGUGUUUCUGGGCACCGCCCUCAGACAACUGAUGAAUGUGAAUGAAAAAGACCAGGUCCUGAAGAUCAACAUUUGGCUGAGACUGAAAUGGACAGACUGCCGCUUGAGUUGGAACAUUUCUCAGUAUAACAAUUCCAAUCUGGUGGUUCCCUAUGAGACAGUGUGGACCCCCGACAUUACACUCUACGACAGCUCGGCUGAGGAGGAGAUGAUGCCGGGUAGAACAGACUACCGAGCCACGAUUUACCCCAGCGGCACGGUAUAUUAUAACUUCCCCACCGUCCUACAGAGUGCCUGCCUCGUCAACGUUCUCUACUUCCCCAUGGAUACUCAGAUCUGUUCCCUCAAGUUUGGGUCGUGGUCGCACAGUGGAGCGGAACUAGAUCUCUACCCGAGCAAGGAUCAGGCUGAUUUAACAAACCUGGUUUUACACAACGAAUGGGACGUUGUUUCAAUGAAUGCAAAAAGGACUGUCCUCUAUUACCAAUGUUGUCCGGAACCGUACCCUGAUAUUACAUUUUUCUUGGAAAUUAAACGGAAACCGUUGUUUUACAUCAUGAGCAUCUUGUUUCCCUGUAUUUUGACGAGUUCGGUGGCAGCCCUUGGAUUCCUUCUCCCACCAGAGUCUGGAGAAAAAGUCUCCCUGGAAGUCACAGUGCUAUUGUCCUUGGCUGUGUUCCUCCUGAUGGUAACCGAUCAACUUCCGGCCUCAUCAAUUAAUUUUCCAUACGUAGGGAUGUAUUUCGUGUCUUCAAUGGUUCUCGUGUCGUUUUCAUGUGCGAUGACAGUGUUGGUUCUAAACAUUCAUUUCCGUGGAGCCACGGGUAAUAAACUUCCGGACUGGAUGAGGAAGCUUUUUCUCAGCAGAUUGGCUUGGAUUGUGUGCGUUAAGACCGGGAAAAGAGCAAAUAAAGUACACUCAGAGAAAAGGGAUCCCAAAAGUCUGGAGGAGCCAAACCAGAAUGAAUACACUAAUAAGUCAUUUAAAUUAGAAAGUGACGAUUCAACGAAAAUUCCUACCUCAAAUGGAAACAUUGGUCAGCCUCGACUACCAAGUAUUGUGACGAACACUUCAUCACGUGACCUUCUUCUUAGAACAGGUGACCCAAUGUUGACAAUACUCUCGGAGCAAUCAGAUACUUUGAAAAAAAUAGAGGGUCACAUGCAAAAAGACGAAUCUGAAGAACAAACAAACAAUGAAUGGUAUUUGUUUGCCAAAGUUCUCGACAGAAUCUGUUUGAUUUUAUAUAUAUUUCUUACUAUUUUAACAUCCAUAAUUUUCUUAGCAAAAAUGGCGGGAUCUUAAGUAACUUAUCAACCAAAUAAAUAAUGUCUGUAUUUAUUGACUUGAAUGUGUGUGAUAUUCAGUUUACUCAUUUUUAAGUAUUUCUUAUAUUUUGUUGUUGUUGUUUUAUUCUUUGAGUAAGUUUUCCAUUUAUACAUAUUUCAACAAUCCUAUAUUUAUGCUUCACGUGACAAAUACACCUUUGGAAUCGGAGAUGAAUGAAUAAGUUACACAUAUAAGGUAUUCCAUUCCCUGGCAUGCAGUGUGUGCAAUUAACGUGAUUGUCUUUGUUAUAUAUGCACCUCCCCUGGUUGGUUCUCAAAUCUCGAGAACAAGGCAGGUUUUUAAAAAAAAAUUAUUUACGUUGUGUCAUUGUGGAUUUUGAUGUUUUCACUCAAAAAUGUAAUAAUUAUCCUUAGAUGUAGCUUGAUGAACGGCGUAAAAAAGUUUUUGAAAAAUUCAUGUUGUAGGUUCACAAUAUUUCUCAUUGACCAAAUUUAUAACGUUGAUUUCACUAAAAGACUGAGAGGAUUUGUCAAAAAUUGUCUUUCGCUUUAAAUGGAAAGAGAGAGAGAGAGAAUGUGUUUAUGUGUGUUCACAUAUAUUGUCAUUUAACCUGU